CCAGCGCCAUGCCGACAGCUUGCACCCUCCUCUUGCUGCUGCUGCUGCUGGGGCUGGUCCCGCCGGCCGGGUCGUUGCCCCUCGUUUCCCCACGGAGUCGUCGUCUUCCUCCUCCUCCUCCUCCUCCUUCUUCUUCUUCUUCAGUGUCCCGAAGCCGUCUCGGCCGCCCUUCCUUGCCUCCCGCCGCGGGACACGCCGGCAGCCCGGUCAUUGAAAGCAGCCAUAACGUCAGAAGAAGUUCAGACACGGAGAUAAGGACUUCUGGUGCUCUCGUGGACAGUGUGGAGCUGGUGACGAUGCCGGCCGGGAGCAGGGAGCGGGCGUCACUGCCAGCCAGGCACGGCGCGGUGCCGGCAGAGAGUAGAGUCACGGGGCACGUUGGUCCCCUCGCUGGCGGUGGGGAUGUCACCCUGCCGGGAGCAGAACCCCCAGACACACCAUCUACUGGGAGAGCAACCCACCUCCUCACCCACAGUCAUCCUCCUGUUGCUGGAAGCCAUCACCAUGCUGCAGGCAGCCGUGAGAGAGGCAAGAGGGCUCUGGCUUCUCCUGGCACCCCUGCAGCUGCCGAGAGGACACCCCUGGUUUUGGCAGCCAUCAGCACUGAUUCGGUCAAGAGGACACUGGGUGGGCACCACGGGGCCUGGGACGAGGCAGGGUUUGACAACACAACGAGGAUGGUGCUGCUGCCUUCAUCUGCAGAGACUCGUCGCCCAGACACCAGCAGCCCAUCUCAACUGGUGAGCAGCUGGGUGGGCACAGAGCUGCCUGGCAGCCCUUCCACGGGCACUGCAGCCACUUCAUCCAGCCCCUCAGGUAGCAGUGGGGGGAUACUGCGACCCCUCCCCAGCACCCCUCUCCCUGGCUCUCCGGGACAGCCCCAGUCCUUCCCCCGAGCUUCCAGUACCCAGACUGGUGCAAACCGUGUCGUGCUACAUCCUGGGGAUGUCACGGGGGACUCCACAAGCCCUUUGCUCUCAGCAUCACCUGCCAUGGACAGUGCUUUUGGAGCUGCUGGGACCAGCAUUGGUGCUGCGGAGAACCUGAGAGCCAGGUUUUCCUCCUCAGUGGCCCUGGUGCAGGGGCCCUCCACGGAGCACCAGCUCACCCCUUCUCACACAGCUUCAGAAAGUACUGCCACGGGUGAGCUCGCCAUUGGAAGCAGCUACCAGCCAUCCCACGUCUCGGCCGUGGAGAGGAGAGUUUCAGAUUUCCCCACCGCUGGCACCUCGGUUUCCACAACAGCCACCAAGGGUGGAGGGAGGACGUUGAGGUCUCUGCCAGCCAGCACCAGGCUGGCCCAAACGACAGAGAUUUCCACCUCUGGUACCGAAAUCGCCAGCUCCUCAGACCAGACCCGGUCCCCUGGGAUGUCUCUGAGACCCCAGGGUGGUGGUGGCAGAAGUGCCACAGACCCAUUGCUCACGAACUCGCCGUCUGCUUCGGAAAGCGCUUCCACAACCUUUAGCAGCAAUUACGAACCCCAGAGCAUCCCAGCUGCAGAAGAGGUGACGCUGCACUCAAACACCCGUGGUGCUGACAUGCCCAGUGUGGCAGUGGGGACACCGGGGUCCCCUGCAAACGGCCGCACAGACGGGGUGACAAGGGGCUCUGCCACCAGCACCGACCCCACCACCUUCUCCUCCCCGGAGGCUGGAACUCACCAUCCUAACAGCUCACAGGAAGCCACCCAUCUCCCAGCGCCUCCCGAGGAGCCUUUGCUCACAAGCUCGGUCUCUGCCUCCCAAAAUACUUCCAGAGGUGUCAGAAGCAGUCACCAACCAGUUAACAGCUCGACAACAGAGAAAAAACCCCUCGCUUCCUCUCCCACCAGCCCUUUCAUUUCAGCUAUGGCCACCAGCAGCAGUGGGAGGCCCCCGAGGUCUGCCCCAAGCAGCCGAUGGGCAGCAGAAGACUCCACAUCCACCAGUGGCACAUACAGGACCUUGGGCACAGUCCAAUCCUCAUCCGUGUCAUCUGUGAGAGAGACCUACGGAGUUCAUGGGUCCAGAGAAACCAUAGAUUUCACCAAGCGGGUGGCAGAUCCUUCACUAACAGGCUCUCACUCUCCUUCAGAAGGUCCUUCAUCAGUUACUAGAGGAAGCCAUGCAUCAUUCAGCAUCUUGUCAACAGAGGGAAGAACCGAUUUCCCUACCUCCAGCACCUCAGUUUCCACAACAGCCACUAAGGGUGGAGGGAGGACGUUAAGGUCUCUGCCAGCCAGCACCAGGCUGGCCCAAACGACAGAGAUUUCCACCACUGGUACUGAAUCCAUCAGCCCUACAGACCAUACCCAGUCCUCUUUGGGAGCCCAGGCUGGUGGUGGCAGAGUUGCCACUGUGUCAUCCACGGACCCGUUGCUCACAGGCUCGCUGACAGCUUCAGAAAAUGCUUUCCCAGCAGAAGGGACCUCAGCUACAGGAGGACGCCUGCCCAAUGCUCCUCUCACCAGUACUCCCAGCUCGGUGACAGCCACCAGCAGUGGGGAGAGGAGCACAGAGCCCAUGUCAGACACCCAUGUGACAUCCAGUGGAGCAGGGAGCUCCGCUCCCAUUCCAGCCCGCACCAGCUCCUUGGACGUGGUCCUUGUGCCAUCUGCAUCAGCUGGAGAGCCUGGGAGUCAGAGCAAUGUUUCACAGAGUGGUGCUGGACUCAGUGAUCUUCCAACGAAGCCGCUGACUGCAUUUCCUCCUGGCAUUUCAGUGUCUUCGCCUUCACCAAGUGCUUCAGAGAGAGGAAGAGUUUCUGGUGCUCCUACUGAGACCACAUACAUCUCAACUGUGCUCUCCAGCCAUGGGGAGGGGACAUCUCAGGCUGCAGCUAACCACAGCACAUGGAGCACACCAGCGGCAAACCCCACAUCUCACCUGGACACAGCUGGGGAGCCCCACACCAGCCCCCUCCCAUCCUCCACAGAAUGGCCUGGAGCAGGACACGUCUCAUCUGGCCGAGCAGGGUACCCGGAGACCAAGGUCACCCUUUCAUCCAGGGUCUCCACCUAUUUCUCAGCUGCUAGUGAACCUUCCACUGUGGGCAGCAGCCAUCCCUCAAGCGCCGAGGAAAGGCGGUCCAGCCCCAUCAGUGAUCCCGUGUACAGCUCAUCCACAUCUGCUGGUGGUGGAGAGAGGAUGCUCCACUCAGUGACAGACGGGGCGCUGGCUGGUGGCAUGGAGACCUCUGCUUCCUACGCUGAAACCACCAGCUCUGUGGGGCCGGCUCAGCCGAGGUUGGUGGAGCAGAGUGGGAUGGCCAACGCCUCGGCCGGCAGCGGGGGCUUCUCAGACUUUGCAACGGAGACACUCUUCGCACGUUCUUCCAAGAUGCCCACUUAUUCCUCUUUCCAAAACGACCUCACAAGCUUUUCAAGUAGCCAUCAGCCGGUCAGUAGCAUCGAUGCUGAGAAACGGACCUCGGUUUCUCAUACGGAUGGCACAUACAUUUCAACCACAUAUACCAGAGGAGGAGAAAGGACACUCCUGUCUAUCUCAAAUAGCAGCGCCUCUGCUGACUCCUCAGAAAGUUCCACUUUUUUUUCUGAGAUUUCCAACCCUUCUGAUUCAUCGAGGUCUUCUGUGGCACAGGACAGGAGGAGCAACAUAUCCAGCGAUGGCAGUUUUGUUGAACCAUCUACGGAGCCAUUGCUGGUACACUCAUCCAAACUGUUGACUUCUGGUUCUCCAGGCAGCAUACAAAACACAACUGUCUUCAACACUGACUCUGAGUUAUUGACCACUGGUAGAUCACCUGUGUCUUCAUCAGCAUUUCCAGCCUCUUCUGCAGUGUCAUCACUGAAUCACUUGCUGUCAUCAACACCACCACCAACUUAUUUAUUUACAUCAUCAGAGUCAUCUGAACCACUCUCGUCCUCUGUGAUGGCAUCUUCACCCCCUCUGCAGGCUUUGUCGUCCUCCUUGCCCAGUUCCUCAUUGCUUUCCCCAUCCUAUUCAUUAGCAUCAUUAUUGCCUCUGUUCUCGUCGCCGUCGUCCAUCUCUCAGUCCAGUGAUAGUGGUCCAGCAAGCACCUCUGUAGCUACGACUGUGGUCAGGCAGGCCCCCUCCACAGCCACUGUGGCUGGGAGCUCACCCAGGGGGACCAACAAGCACAAUGUCACGCACCAGCCCCAAAACAGCACCACCUUCACCUCCACCAGGUCUCCUGCUCUCCCCACAGUGCCCAUGGAGCAGCUUGGUGGACGCAUCGUAUCUGUGUCCAUUCCCAUGACGGUAAUAGAGACCACCUCACCGAGAGCCACCACCACCCAGGGAGGCAGCUUUGGGACAGCAACGCCACUGCCCACCACAGCCAGUGAUGUCCCACGGGCUGAGCCGACGGAUGCACCCCUUAGUCCCUCACCAAGUGCAACAAACCACAGCAUCAUCAUCCCUGCAGUGGCACUGACAACUGUGAAACCUCCUGUGCUAACAACACCGGCCGGUCACCAGCCAACCCCAGGUGAUGUCAGCACCACGAAAGCCCACAGACCUCAAACACCCACUACCACUAAGCACAUGUAUACCACUGGUGAAAGCACAGAAGCUGUGGAUCCUACCACUGCAAGGCCUGGUAAAGUCACCGAAGAAAACAUCCCUGUUACGAGUCCUUCUGAAGCUCCUCCAACCAGCAAGACCACUGUGAGCAUUGCAACUACUUUGGCUGCUACCAAGCCAACCACGCUUCCUCCAUCAAGUAGCACUACUGGGCUGAGGACAUCAUCUCCGGCAACAGAUGUGGAUAAAUGUCUUUCCAACCCUUGUCCUGCGCUGGCCACCUGCAACAGCACCCGUGGCUCCUAUGUCUGUCAGUGUCCUCUUGGAUAUGAGCUGGAAAAAGGAAAGUGCAAUUUAGUAAGAAUAUUUAUUGGCCAGGUCCCCCUGAAACUUAAUAAUACCCAUGGGAAUUACUCAGAACUUCCCUACAUCGAGGACAAAAUCCAGUCGAUGCUUGAUGCGUCGCUGUCGAGCUUGCCGGGGUACCACCACUCCACAGUUAAGGCAACCAGGGAGGCAAAUUUUGUGCGUGUUUCAGUGCAAUCCACGUUCUCUUUAGCAUCCAACGUGACUUUCUAUGACGUUGUCGGCAGCGUGAAAAGCUACAUUCGAAAUUGCAACUCCUCCAACAAAUCCUGCCAGUUCAUCUCCAGCCUGAAACCACUCCACAGAGUUGGCAGCUUGUGCAAGCAGAAAGACCCCAAGUGCGACAAGGAGACUUCCGAGUGCACCGACUUCGAUGGGGUCGCGCUCUGCCAGUGCAAAAGUGGGUACUUCAAAUACAACAAGAUGGACCACUCCUGCAGAGCCUGUGAAGAUGGAUAUAAGCUGGAAAACGAUACCUGUGUGAGCUGCCCGUUUGGCUUAGGUGGAUUCAACUGCGGAAACCCAUACCAGCUCAUCACUGUGGUGAUCACGGCUGCAGGAGGGGGACUUCUGCUUAUCAUGGGCAUAGCACUGAUUGUCACCUGCUGCCGGAAGAAUAAAAAUGACAUAAGUAAGCUAAUUUUCAAGAGUGGAGAUUUCCAGAUGUCACCAUAUGCUGAAUAUCCGAAGAACCCCCGGGCACAGGAGUGGGGCAGAGAGACCAUCGAGAUGCAAGAGAACGGAAGCACCAAGAACCUGUUGCAGAUGACAGAUGUGUAUUAUUCGCCAACUGGACUGAGAAAUCCUGAACUGGAAAGAAACGGACUUUAUCCUCCCUACACUGGUUUGCCUGGAUCUCGACAUUCAUGCAUCUACCCUGGACAAUACAAUCCAUCCUUCAUUAGUGAUGAAACCAGAAGAAGAGACUAUUUUUAGCAGGGAGUGGAGAGGGAGUGGAAGAUUGACACAGUUCCGUGGCCUUUGAUCCCCAGGUACAAUCUGUCCCCUGGGCAGUUCAGCCCACAUCAAUCUUACUCUUCCCAUUUAACAGAAAGGACUUUGAACUCCAUGCCGAUCGUUGAGAAAUGGUUACACUCACUGAGCAGCAGAGAGAAAGAGGAGGAGGAGGGAAUGGCUCAAGGUGCACAUCACUAAAAGAUCCAGAUGGAAGUUAACGCGUAUACUCUGAAUUUGUUCUGUGUUGCUUCUUCACUCUUUACGCUAGAUGGCAAGCAUGGAUCAGCACAGGCAGGUGAAAUUAAGCCCACCAUUCUGCAUUGAAUACCACUAGGGAGUGUUUUGUUUACAGAUCUUGUUCACUGUUGACUGUGCAUGUCUUCUUAGCCAACCUUCAUGCAAAGUUUCACUGUGCAACUCCUUUUGGUAGGGAAGUUUGUCCACUCCCUUUUCCAUUGCUGCGUUUCAUACACGACAGGGAAGCUGGCUGAUCCUCUGGCCCUCGCCUUCUUAGUGGUACAAGUUCUGCAGAUGGCUGGGUCUUUGCUGAAGCCUGGUGCCUGGAAAUGUUGGUUGAAUUAAUGAGUUGGUUGUCUCCAAGGAGUACAGGAGAGUUAGUUUUACCACUGCAAUUCUAACUGAAAAAAAGACACAGUUGGUGCUGUGCGCUGCUUUGAAAGCUUUGUCUAUAUAGGGAAGAGUCUGAGCAUGUUGUUUUGUCAACCAGCAUUGUUCAGAAGUGAUACCACUACAUAACAUCAUAAUGCUUCUGUAUAGGAUCUUAUGUGGCUCUGUUUCCCUGCAGGGUUUUAAAUGCCUGUAGAAACAGCAAUAUAAUGUUAAAUAGUUGCUCAUGGGGAAGCAAAACAUGAGCUGAGAAUUCAGCACGCUCCUUUCAAGGAAUCUGGGAAGGCGCAAUAAUGCUAUACCUCUGGUUGGGCAGGUAGAAUGUGAGUUCUGGACACUGCAGAUGAGACAGUUUUCAGGCCUCCACAGCCCACCUUGACUUCAGUAGGAGCUGUAGAGGCUUUCAGUACAUUGGAAAAUAAGGCUCACUGCAGUCAGUUGCAUUUAAGGCAGAGAAAAACAUGAUGCUUCCAGUUCUAGCAGAACAAAGAUCACUUAUGUUGAAGUGUUUUGCUUUCUUCCAUUCUAGUUUCGAGUGAUUCAGAUUCAGACCAGGCAGGUUUCCUCACCUAGGUGUGUUAAUUCAUAUUAAUCACAUCCUCAAAGAACUGAAGUUACUACAUUUCUCACCAAAGAUCAGGUUGAAAACUCAUGGACUGUAUUCUGACCUGAGCUGGGUGUUGAAAGAGAUCUUAUAAAUGAAGUAUAUUUACUGAUUAUCUUUACUGCAGUGUUAACCUGAGUCAUCCAAACCCUGUCCAGUUAAGGGUCCAGAUGCAGAUCCUUCCCCUGAAUGUAGCUGUGCUCUUAAUUCAAGGUGGCUGCUUGUAGGAGGAUAACAAAUAGCACAAUUCCUUAGCCAUUAACCCCCCAUCUCUGUAGUGUGUAUAUAAGCUAGUUUCACUGAAGGACACAUACUCUCUGAUAUUUCCUUCUCCCUCUACCAGCCUCCCGCAGUGUUCAAAAAGACACAGUGCCUACAAGUAAGUUCAUAGAAGAAGCUCAUCUCACUGAAGCUCUAAGGACCAUGGGAUGCAUCCCCCAAAGUGCCUAAUGCCAAAUAAGAUGCUGAUGUGUUGUGUAGUUGCUCACUGGAGGCAAACCUGGGGUGAUGAGGAGCCCUCUGUCAGGGAGCAGGUAGUAGUACCUGUGUCGUGGUCAUGGUUUUGGCUGAAUUGACCAAAACCAGAAUGACAGGUGCCCACCCCUCCCUCCCUCUUCCCCCCCAACAGACAAAGGAGAGGAAGAGAUAAGGAGAUUUAUAAAUUUAGAAUGAACUAUAGAUGCUGUGAGUCCCCAGAUCCUUUCCCAGCACUUUGAAGGCUGUUGUAUACCCGAUCAAAAAUGAGCAACAGCUACCCAGAGGAAGGGCAGCUAGCAGUAGGCAGUUAUCAGACGCGUGGGCUAAGAGGUUGUUGGUCCCUGUUCACAUUUCCUUCUGUUUUCUCAAAACUGCAAGGCAGGAAAGGCACCACAAAUGUGCUUGAGAACACAUGGUUUGGUGCAGCAGCCACAGCACACAAACGCAGUGUCUUUUUAUGCCUCAUCCCUUAUCUACUGAGUAGAAACAGCAGCGUGGUCUUGCAGAAAACCAGGACUUUAUGGAUGCCAAGGGCAGUGUGCUUUGCACUUACAUGAUCUUAUGGUGAUGGUGCACGCAACUACAUGUCUAUCUGAUCCACUAUCAACCUUGCAGGUUGUAGCAGCAAAAAUGUUUAACUGCUGGGUUAAUUCAAAGACUGGGAAAAGUUCCUGCCUGUGCCAAGUACAAAGGAGGAAAUAUCGAUUCAUAAUUGCAGAUCAGUUUCUGUAUGAAGAGUAACAUGGAUUAUAUGAACAAAAUACUGGUCUGUAUCUCACAGCAAAUUGCAAGGGAUUUGAAAGGAAACGAGUUAAGACUGUUCCUGUUUGAAAUCACACAAAAGUUUGCAAAUAAUUAAUGAUCUUCAAAUUCUUCUUAAUACUGGAUCUGGAGUGAAAAGGUCUUAGUAAAACCAGCAGGAUUUUCUGAGUGAGGACUGCAAAACUUAGCCUUUUCCAAAAGAGAGAACUUUAUCGCAGUGAAAUUUUCCCUCUGCCAGACCUGGUAAACAAUGGGAAAUUUUAUGUGAGAAUGUAUCUAUUGCAGCCUGACCUUCCUUUUAGGUUUGGUGAGAAAGGAGGAAAUAACCCACAGGCGGAGGAAAAGGGUCUCUCCUGAAAUGCAGCGCUGUCUCUGGGUGUCCUAGGAGGCUCAGUGGGCAGAAGAGGAUUUAGGCAGUGUCAGCACUGGGUGAGCACAGGUACUUUCCUGCGGGGUGCUCCAGGAAGUCUUUGUGGAGCUAGGAGGUACAGCCCGAAGUGAUUCAGCCCCAAGAUCUCCACCAGCCCAGCCACUCCCUGUGCUGUGACACGUCUGUCUUCACCCCAACCCCACCGGCUCCUGGUUCCACUAGGGCAGAGGUGUGGGUGCCCUGCAGGGUGUUUUGAUAGUUUAUGGCAGUUCCUUCACGUCAGCUGUGUACUACCGCAUCCCGGUAGCAGUGGGCUUGCCCGGCCAUGGCAGGGAUAUGGCCUGUUUCAGCGCAGCUUGUCUCUGCUAAAGCUGCCACCAGGAUCUUCUCUGGCUGCUUCCAUCUCUGCCAUAACCUAAGCACCCUCUGGCAGCGGCGUGGUAAGGUUUACUGCUCCUGUUGGAUGUGAGAAGGAUCUUCACGUGCCCUCAAGCCCACUUUCAAAUGUGGAUGCCUCUCCGCUCAGUACCUAACUCCCCGUAGGAUGUCUAAAUCAAUGUGUUUUGUUUCUCAGACUGCUUAGAUUACUUUUAGCUACUCCAAGAUGCAAAUUUUGAGCGCGCUGGAUGUUUUUGCCAAGGGGAGUUGCUCUCCACUGUCCCAGAGGAUAAGAUAGAAAUGGCAUGUUUCUUGUAAGGAGGAUGCAAGUGGUUCAGCCAGAUGUGGGGAAAGGAAGAAAAACUACACCAACACUGCUCAGAAAUCUGCCCUGGCUCCUGGCUACUGCGAAAAACUAGGGGAGCAGUCAGCAAGGGCCCGUGGGCAGUUGUGUGGGUGUGUUUUUUAUUAACUUUGGAAAAAAUGCUAAUUCUGUUGCUUGACAGGAAAAGACGUGGGAGACACACGUUUGCUGCUAUGGUGCUCUGCCAGUUGUGCUGACAAAAGCCCCUCGCUCACAGAAGUACACCUGGCACUCAGCCUAGGAAAGGUAGCCCCAGUGAGCAGAGCAGCAAAACACAGGUUUGAGGCAUCAUUCAAAAGGGAGGCUGGUACGUGCAGCCUUCCUGAGUCCCUGCCACGCACCGCUGCUCGCCCCGGCCAGCCCUCCCAGCUGCACUGCAAAAAUCGGGGACCUUUUGUGUGCUGUUGAAAACUCACAGCACAGAAUUGGGCUAGAUGAGGAAAAAAACAGGACAGGAGAAUUUUGAUGCACUAUGCCCUCCACAGUUAAAGCAUGAGGUAAUACAGCAGCAACAAAUCUCAUUGUUGCGGUAUUUCCCGUAAGUCCCACUAUCAUAGUCAUGUCCUGAGUCACCCCUUGUGACCAGGCUUCUAAAAGGUAUUUGCCUCCACACCAAGUGGUAGUAAAAGGCUUUAAAAAUAGAAAUAAAUUGCAGAUAGAGAGGGGGCUUUGUCAUCUUGUGAAGUUGUUUAUGCCAAUGUGUGUAAACAGUGUUUGCUGGGAUCUGAGUGAGCAGCGGAGCAGGUCAUUGCUGCAGACACGCCAAGUGCUUCCCCAGGGCUUGUCUCUAACCCCAGUCAAUGGCCAUAUCCGUUCCAAAUCCAGCUGGACUUCUCAUUCCCUCAGAGUGAAGUUUAAUCUUUAGGUUUUUUUCCUUAAAUUAACAAGAACGGAUGCAUUUUACUUAAAUGCUCUUCCUAUGCUGACUAAUGUUUUUUCCUCUUUACACUCAAAGGGCCUAAUCCAGCAGCCAUUACAGUGACCAGGGUAACUUUCCCAUGAAGUUUUUUUGGGGGCUGAAGUAAUCCACCACCAGGGUCACCUGUGUGUAGUACAUGCUUUCCCAUGGAUCUGUGUUCUGCCUAUUUCUGUGAUACUGUUUCUGCCUUUCCGUGUUGUAUUUAUUUUUUUAAAAGUAUACUUAUUACUCUAGCAGAACCUGUAUUAUGUGAGAUUGAACAAAACAGGUUCAAGAUCUGAAACACCUUCCUGAGAAGAGAAUGAAUCUGAAUUUUGUGUAAUUGUUUUACUGAUCAGCCAACCUGUUCCCUAUCGGGUAAGAUAUUCUAGGGAUGUAGAGGUGCUUCCUGCAGUCACAGAUAAGAGCUCUUCAGUUCACUCUUAUUUUUCCCUUCAGAAAUGAAGGAAGAUCUCCCAGUUUCAAAGGGGGCAUGUGCUGUGUGCUUUUAAGAUUUCAGGAGCCUUGCAACGUGUAUUUAAUUCUUUGUUCCGUUGAACUGCUGAAAUAGAAAAGUAGGACAGAAGUCCAUGAAGGGGUAAGAAAUAACAACAACAACAACAACAAAAAAAAGACAAAAAAGAAGAAGAAGAAAGGAAUGUGCUUACAUGUUUUGGAGAAGUAAAUAUCUAAGACAAGUGUGGCUUCUGUACUGUAAGGUCAUAUGUGGGAUGACACCUUUUCUGUGUCUAGUUUGUAUUGCAUGUGUGUAAUAACCUUGUUGAGGGAAAACCUAGAGAGGGUACCUGGUGAUCCUCAAAACUAAUAUGUAAAUAGUAAGUUCCCUGGUCUUUGUUCUGGUAAAGUGUUAGAAGGGAUGGGAGUCUUGCUUAGGUGAAUGGCCACAGCAGGCAUCCCCCACAUCUACAAAAUCCUGUACAGAAAAAUCCUGUGGAAUACAGUAAAAACUGAUCACUUCUCUUGAACAAUGUCUGACCCAAAAGGUCUCCAAUUAAAUCUGCUUGGGUAGGUUUCCUUUAAAGAAGAAAACCCUAACCAAUAUUUAAUAGUUUCCUUUUCUAAAGGAAAUUCUGUUAAACUCACUCAUUUGUUUUAAGCCUUGUUAAAUUCUACAAGACUUUCUCUUAACAGGAGGUCUGACUUAGCAUGUAAAAUCAUAAUGGUUUAUUUGAGCAGCUUUCAGAAUUGCAGUAAUAAAGCUUACCUUUCGUGAGCUCUCUUUCAAAAGGUAAAUUUUCAGCAUUUGUUUGUGCUUCUUUUAUCAACCUGAAUGUAAACUGCUUUAUGUACUUGACACUGCCCUUUUUCCUUCUCUGUAUCUCUGAAUGUUUGCUUCCAAGUCGCUGGGGUUCCGAGGAUGUUUUCAAAACCAGUAUUAUUUAAAGUUGUAUCAUAUUUUCAGCCUCCACUAAUUAUACAGUACUGUAGUAGCAAAAUAUAAUUUUUAAGGAUUGGAUUAUUUUUAUACCUGCAUCCAAUAUUAUUAAAUCUGGCGUUCUAGUCAGUAUUAUAAAAAGAUACAAUAAAAUUAUGAAUAUUA